AGCAGAGCAGAGAAGAAGGGCAGACAGAACGCAUUGAUCCUCUGUCACCAUGGGGAACUGGGUUGAGAAUGAGGGACUCUCCAUCUUUGUCAUUCUGAUAUGGCUGGGGAUGAACGUCUUCCUCUUUGUCUGGUACUACAGAGUGUAUGCGUUAGGAGAUAAAUAUCUUUACACUCAGAGACUUCUUGGGGCUGCGCUGCCAUUGGCCAGGGCCCCUGCAGCCUGCCUGAAUUUCAACUGCAUGCUGAUUCUGCUGCCAGUCUGUCGAAAUCUGCUCUCCUUCCUCAGGGGUUCCAGUGCGUGCUGCUCAACAAGAAUUCGAAGGCAACUGGACAGGAACCUCACCUUUCAUAAGAUGGUGGCAUGGAUGAUUGCACUUCACAGUGCGAUUCAUACUAUUGCACAUCUAUUUAACGUGGAGUGGUGUGUGGAUGCCCGAUCCAACAAUUCCGAUCCUUAUUCAAUAAUACUCUCUGACAUUGGAGAUGCCCCUGGUGAAAGUUACCUCAAUUUUGCUCGAAAGAGAUUCAAGAAUCCUGAAGGAGGCCUAUAUGUGGCUGUGACUCUGUUGGCAGGCAUCACUGGCAUUGUCAUCACACUGUGCCUCAUACUAAUUAUCACCUCCUCCACCAAAACCAUCCGGAGAUCUUACUUUGAAGUGUUUUGGUACACACACCAUCUCUUUGUGAUCUUCUUCAUCGGGCUCGCCAUUCACGGAGCUGGGCGCAUUGUACGUGGGCAGACUGAACAGAGUUUGAAAGAUCACAAGUAUUCUGUUUGUCAUAAUAGAACCUCAGAAUGGGGCAAAAUAAAGGACUGCCCAAUCCCAGAGUUCUCUGGGAACCCUCCUAUGACUUGGUAUUGGAUAGUGGGUCCCAUGUUUCUGUAUCUCUGUGAGAGGUUGGUACGGUUUUGGCGAUCUCAACAGAAGGUGGUCAUCACCAAGGUGGUCACUCACCCUUUCAAAACCAUUGAGCUACAGAUGAAGAAGAAGGGAUUCAAGAUGGAGGUGGGGCAGUACAUUUUCGUCAAGUGCCCCAAGGUGUCCAGGCUGGAGUGGCACCCUUUCACACUGACCUCUGCCCCUGAGGAAGACUUCUUUAGCAUCCAUAUUCGUAUCGUUGGGGACUGGACAGAAGGACUUUUCAAUGCUUGUGGCUGUGAUAAGCAAGAGUUUCAAGACGCUUGGAAACUACCUAAGAUAGCUGUUGAUGGGCCCUUUGGCACCGCCAGUGAAGAUGUCUUCAGUUAUGAGGUGGUGAUGUUAGUGGGGGCAGGGAUCGGGGUCACGCCCUUCGCAUCCAUUCUCAAGUCCGUCUGGUACAAAUAUUGCAAUAAUGCCACCAACCUGAGGCUCAAAAAGAUAUACUUCUACUGGCUGUGCCGGGACACACACGCCUUUGAGUGGUUUGCCGACUUGCUGCAGCUGCUGGAGACCCAGAUGCAGGAGAGGAAUAAUGCCGGCUUCCUCAGCUACAACAUCUACCUCACCGGCUGGGAUGAGUCUCAGGCCGAUCACUUUGCUGUGCACCAUGAUGAGGAGAAAGACGUGAUCACAGGCCUAAAACAAAAGACCCUGUAUGGACGGCCCAACUGGGAUAAUGAAUUCAAGACAAUUGCAAGUCAACACCCAAAUACCAGAAUAGGAGUUUUCCUCUGUGGACCUGAAGCCUUGGCGGAAACCCUCAAUAAACAGUGCAUCUCCAACUCUGAGUCUGGCCCUCGGGGAGUGCAUUUCAUUUUCAACAAGGAAAACUUCUAACUGGUCUCUUCCAAGAGAAAAGCAAUGAGGGUUAUGCUGCCAAGUACCCAACCCAAUAAUGCUAGUUGAUAAUGUAAGCCCCCCCCCUCCCCCCGCUUAAAAAGAGAGAGAAAAUGAAGCUAUAAUGUGCAGGUUUUCCCUGAAAGGUAUGUCAAAGAUUGUUUGAUAGUGAUAAUUUGCAUUUGUAUGGGGCUUUAUGGUUUUUCAGAGCACUUUUACAAACUGUAUUUCAUUUUUCACUCACAAUAAUGCCAGAGAAAGGUAGGACAAGGAUUUCUGGACUCAAUAUUUAGGGAAAAAAAAUAAGGGCUCGAAACGGUGAAGUAACUUCCUUAAAUAUUCUGAAGCUUGGACUUCAUGCACGUGGCUCCGGGUUUUGUGGUCUUUCCCUGAUAGCCUGGAAAUGGGCUCGUCUACUCCCCAAAGGAAGCACCAAACCAGGGAGGAGCCAUUCAUUCUCCAUUGUGUGUUCUCCUUGUUAUCAUUAUUGUCACAUUGAACAGAAUUUUCCAAAUAUUUCGGAGGAAAUACGUGCCUAGAAUGAUUGCCCACUUCAGAGUGACAGGAUGGACAUCUGAGCAUACCCCAGUUUCGCAAAGCAGCACACUAACUGGGUCAGUGAUUCUUCGAACAUUGGACUAACUGGAAUUAACGUAUCACUCAGCAUUUACAGUAAUGCUUGGCAGAGUGGACACUCGAUGAAAGUUUGUUGAAUGAAUGAAGGAAGGAAAAGACCUUUAGAACCAUACAAGACCCCCGGUAGAAUUAAUUUAAAGCCUUAAACUAAGAACGGUGACAAAUAGGUAUGUACUAUGCCCAUCUGCCUUAAAAAAGCAUCUACCCCUUGUUUUACUUAAAUACACACACAAAGUGGCUCUUGUUUGUGUGGCUAAUGUUUUAUUGUAUCAUCAUCAUCAUCAUCAUCAAAUUUAUGACCUAGAAACGAAAACCCCCAGCUUUCCUGUGUAGGUAUUGCAUUCACACCCCAUAGAAUUUUCUAGAUAUCUGUGAGUUCAAGAGAGAGCCAUUUAAAUCACUGUUAGUGUGGCCAGAAGCAGUUGUUUUUUUUCUUAGAACCGCAUCUAUUUCUGGAAACGAAAACAGCUUUAUUUGCCCCACCCUCUAGAGCCACAGAUAUUUAGAACUACUUUGGUAAUGAGGAAGAAAGAAAAGAGAGCUGGGGGGGGGCAC